AUGUGUCCUUUUGUCCCGAUAGUGCAAUCUUCGUCCAUUCGUUCCAUUGCAUUGCGCACGCAUAAUCCGUUUUGUAAACUCCGCAAGCCCGUCACCGGAGGAUCUAAUAACGAGGAUGUGGACCCCGAGGCGCCGGCGAGCUGUCGCACGGUGUCGUUCGACGCGUCGCGCGAGACGCAUUACGUCAUCGUCGUGCACGGCACGUUCGACGCGCCACCGGACGACGGGUCGCGCACGUGGUACCAGCCCGCGGCGCCCGGCGAAAUUAAUUUCUGCAGCAAGAUCGGCGCGCGCCUCGCGGAGGGGCCGCUAGGCGGCGGGUGCGUGUGGCGCGAGCUGCCGGCGGAGCCGCCGGCGCGAUUCCGCAUACCGUACCCGUUUCACUGGGACGGCACGAACACACAUGAAGGGCGCAUCGACGCGGCGCACAAGCUGGCGCGGCUGCUGGACGUGAUAGCGAACGGCGACCCCUCAGCGCGCAUCCACGUCAUCGCACACUCCCACGGGGGCAACGUGCUGCUUAAAGCCAUCGAGCUCUAUAUGAAGCGCCAGGGAAGCAAGGCCGUGUCGGACCUCCCGCCACCUGUCCUGCAACGAUUCUGGGCAGCAUACAAGGGCAGAUACGAUUUGAUUCGCCACUGGAAGAAGCCAGAUGUUUCCAACACCUUGUGGCGCUUCUUCCCCUUCCUUGUUGUCCGAAGGAGCAUGGCGGGGAGGAGGGAGGGGCGGACGAAGGAGCAGUACCCGUGGGCUUCCCAGCGCUGGCUUGACUCGCUCCUCCGCCUGCCCGCGCAGCGGCAGCGCCUCUUCCUCGCGCACCGCCUGGCGACGAGUCCGCUGUCGAACGCGCUGGGCGGGCUGGUGUUUCUGGGCACGCCCUUCUACAUGAAGAGCUGGGAGCGCAACGGCAUGCUGCUGCUGCUCGCCACCACCGCCGUGUCUGUUGGGGUCACGUUCGUGGUGAUGUGGGGCUACGUGCUGCUGUGGCGCGUCAUCGUGCUCGCCAUUGCGGGCCAGCUCUCAAGGACCACCACGCCCAGCUAUCUGCCCUUCUCUCUCGCCGCUGCUGUUCUCAUCUUCGCCAUCAUCAGUGUGGCUCUCGAGCUCUGGCGCAGCACAGCGUUUUACAGCGGCAACCUCUACCACGCGCCCGGAUUUGAUUGGUCGCAUGCCAUGUCAGCGCUCGUCAUCCACGCCGGCAAAUUAGACGAGGCCAGCCUGGCACUCUCCACCGAGCCUAUUGCCCGAGCCUACAUCUUCCCGCAGCUGGCCUCCAUGCUCAAGCUCCCCUUCUGGAAACCCCUCCCCCGCCGCCCGGUCACGAGAAAAUGCUCCGAUUGGACACUCUACAUCAGCAACGCUGCCCGGAUUCUCAUCUGGAACGUCAUCUUCAUCCUGCCCGCACUGGCGGUGGCACUUCUCUCGCGCGUGCUGGCGCCGGUGGUGAUCUCGAUGGUGCGCAAUGUGAUCGUGACGGUGAGCUUCGGGCUGUCGGCCAAGGAGCUGAGCUUCGCCAGUGUCUUCGUGGACGAACACCUGCACCUGGGGCUGGCUUCGCAGCACAUCGAACACUGGAACGUGCAGAAACUGCUGGCGCUGGCGAAGACGAGGUCGCUGCAGGGCGAGCUGAUGGAGGGCUACGAGGACGACACCUGUGACAUGGGGGAGGCGCUCUUUGGGGACGGGCUGCCUGAGGAGGGCUUGCCUCGGGAGGGCAUAACCGGGACAAAGGGGGAGAGGAGAGCCGAGGGCGGUGAGGAGGGCGGUGAUGAAGGGGGCGAUGGCAAGGGAAAGCGAGCGGGAGGUGGAGUGAGUGCAGCAGAGGGAGUUGGAAGUGCAAGUGAAGCGGUAAAAGGCAAGCAGCAGCAGGAUGAGCACCUGUGGGUAAUGGAGGAGACGGGCACGGGGUCCAGGCACGGCAGCGGCAGCACAGCAGGCAUGGGACGGCAGGGGAGCGGCAGCGGGGAAGAGCGGCUGGUGUACUCAUUCCUGUGGGACGACAGAGUGCUGGAGGCAGCAGCACGCGAGUGCGAGAUGUACAAGCUGCUCCGGCCACAGCUGCACGCCAUCACCCACAGCCCCCACCUCUCCGACCAGGAAUGCGUGCGACAGGUGAAGCAGCUGUGUGUGAUGAUCGAGGAGCGCUUUGGCGAGCUGACCGGGCGCUUUGACCUCAACCACGGGGCGUACUUCCGAGACCCCCGCAUUAUCGGGGCUAUGGUGCACUUCCUGGGCCACAGGGAGCUCCCUGAUUGGUCCAGGGAGAUAGAUACAGAUGUGCUGCGCGCUGAAGAGCGGAUCAGAUUCGGGCGACUUGGGGAGAGGGGUGACGGUGGAUAUUGA